UUGCUCUAUCUUCUCUAAACAAAACAUGAAUUCUCAAAUUGCAAAUACCAUUGAUUUGCUUCCACUCCCAAAACCAAAACCUUUCUUCUUCCCUCAUAAAACCCUUUUCACCCAUUCUUCACCUCGCUCCACUCUUUCUCAACGCCUUCGAUUCUCACUUAACAAGCCUCGCAACUUCGCUAGUCAAUGGAAACUCAGAAUGACUGCUUCAACUUCUCUUUCAAAUUCAACUGUCCCCAACAAAGAACAGGAAGAAGAUGCUGAGUCUGCUCAGCUAUUUGAGAAACUGAAGGAGGCCGAAAGGAAACGGAUAAAUGAGUUGGAAGAACUUGACAACAAGGCUAACGUGCAGUUAGAGAGGCAGCUUGUUAUGGCUUCGUCUUGGAGCAGAGCUUUGUUGACCUUGCGCGGAAAACUGAAGGGAACUGAGUGGGAUCCUGAAAAUUCACACAGGAUAGACUUCAGCCAUUUUUUGAGACUUCUUGACUCAAAUAAUGUCCAGUUUAUGGAGUACUCUAAUUAUGGUCAAACAAUAUCUGUUAUUCUACCAUAUUACAAAAACGGGAAAACACCAGGAACUGAAGGGAAUCCUAAGGAUAUUGUUUUUCGGCGUCAUGCGGUUGAUAGAAUGCCAAUUGAUUGUUGGAAUGAUGUUUGGAGAAAGUUACACCAGCAAAUUGUAAACGUUGAUGUCAUUAAUGUGGACAGUGUACCUGCUGAAGUAUACUCAACUGUUGCCACUGCAGUCAUAUGGUCUAUGCGUCUUGCCCUGGCUGUUGGAUUUUAUGUGUGGAUUGAUAAUUUGAUGAGACCAAUAUAUGCAAAGUUGAUACCUUGUGAUUUAGGAACUCCUAGCCAACAAACUAGGCAGCCACUCAGACAACGUGCACUUGGAUCUCUAGGCAAGAGUCGGGCUAAAUUUAUAUCUGCAGAAGAAAGAACCGGUGUUACAUUUGAUGAUUUUGCUGGGCAGGAAUAUAUAAAGAGGGAACUACAGGAGAUUGUCCGAAUUUUAAAAAAUGAUGAGGAGUUUCAAGACAAAGGAAUUUAUUGUCCAAAAGGUGUACUUCUUCAUGGACCUCCCGGAACUGGUAAAACUCUACUGGCUAAAGCCAUUGCAGGUGAAGCAGGGUUGCCUUUUUUUGCAGCAAGUGGCACGGAUUUUGUAGAGAUGUUUGCAGGGGUUGCUGCAUCCCGUGUUAAAGACCUUUUUGCUAGUGCAAGAUCAUUUGCACCUUCUAUAAUCUUUAUUGAUGAGAUAGAUGCUAUUGGCAGCAAGCGUGGUGGACCUGAUAUUGGUGGAGGAGGUGCUGAAAGGGAACAAGGCUUACUUCAGAUAUUGACUGAGAUGGAUGGAUUCAAAGUUUCCACAGCACAGGUGCUCGUGAUAGGUGCUACAAAUAGAUUGGAUAUUCUUGAUCCUGCUCUAUUGAGGAAGGGUCGUUUUGACAAGAUCAUCAGAGUUGGUUUGCCAUCAAAAGAUGGAAGAUUUUCCAUUUUGAAGGUGCAUGCUAGGAAUAAAUUUUUUCGCUCAGAGGAGGAAAAAGAGAAUCUACUUAAGGAAAUUGCAGAGCUUACAGAAGAUUUCACUGGGGCAGAGCUACAAAAUAUUCUGAAUGAAGCUGGAAUUUUGACAGCCAGGAAAGACUUAGACUACAUUGGGCGAGAUGAGCUGCUUGAGGCAUUAAAAAGGCAAAAGGGAACAUUUGAAACAGGGCAAGAGGAUAGUGCCGAAAUUCCUGAAGAAUUGAAACUGAGAUUGGCAUACAGAGAAGCAGCUGUUGCUGUUCUUGCAUGUUAUUUUCCUGAACCCCACCGCCCUUUUGCUGAGACUGAUAUAAAUUCUAUCCGCAGCCAGCCGAAUAUGCGUUAUACUGAAAUUUCUGGCCAGGUUUUCGCUAGGAAAUCAGAUUACAUAAAUUCUAUAGUGCGUGCUUGUGCUCCAAGAGUAAUUGAGGAGGAGAUGUUUGGGAUUGACAACUUGUGUUGGAUCUCUGCAAAGGCAACAUUAGAAGCUUCAAGGCGUGCUGAAUUUUUAAUUCUGCAGACAGGAAUGACGGCUUUUGGGAAAGCAUAUUACAAAAAGCAAAGUGAUCUUGUGCCUAAUCUUGCAAUGAAACUGGAAGCACUCCGAGAUGAGUAUAUGCGUUAUGCUACAGAGAAGUGUUCAUCUGUGCUAAUAGAAUACCAUUCAGCGGUUGAGACAAUCACAGAUCUUUUGCUUGAAAAGGGGCAAAUCAAAGCUGAGGAAAUUUGGGACAUUUAUAAAAAUGCUCCUCGUGUAGCUCAGCCUACUGUGAGUCCAGUUGAUGAAUAUGGAGCAUUGAUUUAUGCUGGACGGUGGGGAAUACAUGGGAUCAGUCUUCCUGGAAGGGUUACAUUUGCGCCAGGCAAUGCUGGAUUCUCCACCUUUGGUGCACCCCGCCCUACAGAGACGCAAAUUGUUAGUGAUGAAACUUGGAAACUAGUAGAUGAUAUCUGGGAUAAAAAGGUUCAAAAAAUGAAAGAUGAAGCUUCAAGGGUGAUUGAAGAAGAGAAAGAAAAGCCACAACUUUUGAUGGCCAGCCAUUUCCUUUGAGAGGAACUUAUAUUUGACCUACAGGAAGCUGCUCCUUUGCCCAGUUCUUUAUCAGCAUGAAUAUCAACUUGGAGUGAAUAUUAUCAACAUGAAAAUUGAUCUUCUCUCGAACAAUAUAGCUGAAGGUAGUAGCAUAGCCCUAUUCAAUUUUGUGAAUGAGACCUUUUUGCCACAGAUGGAGCACUGGAAGUUUUGGUCUGAGCUGUUAAUUGAAAUGCAUUUCUACCCCAUAUUGUAAUUUUUCACAGGGAUACGUUAUUGAGGCAAUUGUGAAGUUAUCAAUUGACCUCAAUUGUUUUUGUAUAGUUGUUACUAAAUGGUAGUCUUAAAUGAUAAAAUUAAAGGGUAAAGAUCGUUGUACUGCAUUUCCUUUACAUGCCUUUUUCAUCACCAAUAUGUACACCAAAAGUGACGUGCAAAUGUUAGUACUCUAAAUUUAGUUUAACCU